AUGAUGAAUAUAAACAAUGAAAAUGAGUUACAUGAAAAUUUGGAAGAUGAAAUUGGAGAGGAAAAUGAUGAAGAAGCACCUUUUGACAACAAUGUUGAAGUACCUUCAACUUUUACUAAUAUGGAAGGAACAAAUUUGAAUAUUGAUGACAAUUGGAUUGUGUCGCAAUCAACGAGUAAGAAUGAUUUCAUACGAGAGUUGGGAAAAGAUUCUUUCAAGGAUAAAGAAGAACUUGUUAGAGCAAUCAAGAUCCAUUGCAUUAGGACACAUAGACAAUUUGAGGUCAUUGACUCACGCCCAACUAUUUUGACUCUAAGAUGCAAGUUAUACUUACAAUCUGGUUGCAAAUGGAAACUUCAUGCAAGUAAACGUAAACGUAGUGGAUAUUUUGAAAUCACAACUUAUACCGGUCCACAUACUUGUUUGCACUAUAAACUUUCUCAAGAUCAUCCGAACCUAGAUGCAAGCUUGAUUGCUAUGGAAACUAGGCACCUUAUAAAAGCACAACCUUCUAUCAGUAUUCCUGCUUUGAGAGUUGAAAUAGUUGAAACACUAGGCUAUACUCCUUCAUAUAAGAAGAAUCAUGUGGUGAAAGACCGUGAAGGCAUAUGUCUAAUAUCUGAUCGUCAUGGGGGGAUCCUUAAGGCUGUCAAUGAGCAUGGAUCUCCAUGGUUAGAGCCACGUGGUUUUCAUAGGUAUUGUUUACGACAUUUCAUCAACAACUUUUAUGACAAGUUUCGUAAUUCAGAGUUGAAAGCUUUAGCUUAUCGUGCCGGGAGUCAGAAUCAAAUUCGAAAGUUCAACUCCAUCAUGGAAGAAAUUGGAAAGCUAAAUCCACAUGCUCGACAUUGGUUGGAGAGCCAUCCACUUAAUAGAUGGACACUUGCAUAUGAUGGUGGCAGGAGAUAUGGGUUACUCACAACAAAUUUGUCAGAGAUUUUCAAUAGUGUACUUAAAGGUGCUCGUUUUUUACCAAUCACAGCUUGUGUGCAACUUACAUUCUAUAGAAUGGUGCAUUAUUUUGAGGUGAGACGUCCUUUAGGAUCUAGUUCUCAAGCUAAUGGAGAUGCACAUACUCCACAUGUUAUUGCAAAACAAGUAGCUUUGAUGGCAAAAGCAAGUGCACAUUCCUUGAGAUCUUUUAAUCGAGAAAAAGGUAUAUUUGAGUUGAUAACUCAAAGAGGUCGAAAUGUGCAAGUAGUUAAUUUGGAACAAAAAACUUGCACAUGUGGUAAGUGGGAGGCAUUUAAAUAUCCUUGUUCUCAUGUCUUGAGUGCAUGUGCCAAACUCUCUUUGAAUAGUUGGCAAUAUGUUGAUAAAUGUUACUCGAUUGUAUAUUAUUGUGCUACUUGGGCAUCUGAGUUCUCCCCGCUUCCUCAUGAAGCAUAUUGGCCACAAUCACCAUUUAAUGCAUUACUUCCAAAUUUAGAAUUAUUACGGAAUAAAAAAGGUCGGCCUCGUUCAACAAGAUUAAAAAAUGGUAUGGAUAUUAAAGAAGGAAGAAAUGCCACUCUUUGUGGAAUUUGUAGGCAACCGGGUCAUAAUCGAAAACGGUGUCCGUCUAAGCCAAGAUAA